UUCAAAACCAAUUACCAAAGACAUUACAGAAGAACACAAUUUUUAAAAAUUUAAAUCGGGUAUUUACAUUCUGUCCAUGUGACUUAAGAAGCCAGGAGUUCGCUAAGUCGCCGGUAGGUUUUGCACAUCCUAGACUGAGCACGCAACUCCCGCGAACCGGCGAAUCUGACGCACCUCACCGUUUAUCGUUCUUACUCUUUUUGGUAUUCCCGAUCUUUGCAUCGCUGUCAUCCUGUUCGGAUAAGUUAAUUGUGAAAGUUUUUGGAGCCACUGACACUAUUCGUCUGGGGAACAACAACUGUAAUACUAAAAAACCCAUACAUUUGACUCCUCCCCUUGGAAAAUCUUAAUCGGUGACGUGGAGUAAUUGAUAUUCAAAAGUUGCGCUCCCAGGUCAAGCACCAACCAAAUCUCCGAAACUGUUAGAAAGUCACUUUAGCCGAUGAAAUAAUCAUGUUGUAUUACUCAAACACCGACGCAUUCAAGCACCCCCGAAAUUAAAGAUAAAACAAUUUUAAAAUAAAUAUUGUGAAUUCAACUUAAUACUUAUAUGUAUAUCUAGACCAAAACUCCUCCAAAAAUAUUUCCUACCUACGCCCACUUACAGCAGGGUUAGUAACUAUUUUAAUUUAUAUCUUAUCUCGUUAACAGUCUUGUUCUACUCAAUAUUUAUACAACUAUAUAAUGGUAAAUUAGUUUAAUUAAUAUUCAAGGUUAUUCUACAAUUACACUAGGUACCUACCUAUAGUAAAAUAUUACUUACCUAUUAGUUUUUACUUAUUAGCAACUGUUUUUACUUAGUUGUCGUAGUGAAUUGUGAGUGGGAGGCAUGUUGUUAGUGAUUCGAAUUAAAUUUGACCUUUAUAAUUUAAAAUACGAAAAAUACAUAGUAUUAGUGCAAAAUUUUGAUAAUAUAUUGAAGAAUUUUUUUACAAAUUUACAAUUAUUAAGACCGAAAAAAUCCUAUUUUGUGAUCAGUAUCAGCGUCAUAUUUUUUCAUUUUUUCACAUUUUUUUCCUUAUACUUAAUAAAUCAAAUACAUACUUUACUAUAUUUUAUUCCUAGUUUUAAUUAUUAUUUCUUAUCAUUAUCAGUUCUUAUGAAUUUUAAUAUAGGUAGGCACUUAGUACUUACCAUUGAUAUUGUCACUCUAUUGAACAAAAAAUGGCAUACCUACCUAAUGAUACAUCUAUGAAUUUUAUCAUACACGCUCAAUGACAAUAAAUUUCAACAUUUUUCAUUUACAUUUUCCGACUUGUGCUUUUCUUACGCGUACAUUUCAUUUGACGUUGUUUUAUUUUGACGAUGUCGCGUUUCUCCCUUCGUAAAAACAUUAACAAUACAGACUCAUUGAUAGUUUACUCAAGAAAAAAUUAUGGAAAUCAAUCAUGCUGUCCAAUUUAAGGACUUACAACUUAUUUGUACAUGUUCUGAUGAUUUCCUUGUGAAUGACAAAGAAUUUCAACAAUGUUUAAAAGGAUGCAAAUGGUCGACUGAUGGUCUCAGUAUUUUAACGAAUAGUGAAGACAAAAGACUUCGAAUUUUCAAUAUUGAAACAGACGAAACAAAUCAAUGUAAACAACUUCAUAAAGUCAAUGAAAUAAAAGAAGGUGGUACUAUAUAUGAUUAUGUAUGGUAUCCAAACACUAUGCAAAAUAGUAAUGAUGUAAAGUUAAUAUUAAGUACUAGCAACCGAUCACCUAUUCAUCUCUGGAAUGCUAUAAAUGGAGAAUUAGAAGCAACUUAUAGAGUAUAUGAUCAUGUUGACGAAGUUGCACAUGUUAACUCAUUAUGCUUUAACUGGUCUGGAGAAGAAAUUUAUUGCGGUAGUUAUGGAAAAUUAAAUAUUUUCCGUACCGACCGUCCAGGACGUGAAUUUACUGAAAUAUCUACUAAAGCAGAUUUACAUAGAUCAAUAAUAUCGACCAUAGUUAUGAAUCCAGUAGAUAGGAGUAUUUUUGCUGUUGGUACAUAUAGUAAAGAUAUUGGUAUAUAUGGUGGUAAUCAACUUAUGUACAUAUUAAGGGGACAUAAGUCAGGAAUUACCCAAUUACAAUUUUCACCUGAUGGAUUGAAAUUAUAUUCGGGUAGUAGAAAAGGUGAUAAUGAUAUUGUGUGUUGGGAUUUAAGGAAUGUUGGUCAAACUCUAUAUUCUGCUGAAAGAACAGUGACUACUAAUCAAAAAAUUUGUUUUGACAUUUCAUCAGAUGGACAAUACUUAGUUUCAGGUAAUUGUACAGGUGAAAUUAGUACUUGGAAAUUAAACCAAAUUAUUGAAAAGUCUGAUGGUGCAGAAAUUGUUCUUCCUUUAAAUUCUAAAAUUCCUGUACAUAAUGACUGUGUCAAUGGUGUCAGUUUGCAUCCAACUCUUCCUCUAUUAGCAACAGCAUCUGGACAGAGGCACCAUGAAAAUGAUAACGAUGAACAACAAUUGAAAGAUACUGAUAUCAGUUUAAAAUUAUGGGAGAUAAUUUAAAAUUUAUAAAUCAUAUUAUUCAAUUUUUAACAAUACAAAUGAUAUAUCAAUAUACAAUUAAUAAAUAAUGAAUA